AUGUCUGUUCAGAAGUCUGCUUCGCUGGACCAGCCCAUCGAGGUUUCUGUGCCCAACACCAUCGCGUCGUCGCCUAUUCUGCCCGAGCUGUCGGAGUCGGUCACGAACUUGCAGAUGGCCUAUCUGUUCCAUAAAAAGUCGUUGCUCACCAGAGACCUGUUUGGGUCGAAAUUGGUGGUUCCCUCGUUGUUUGCGGUGCUGUCUGCCAUGAUUUACCAUCGUUUCGGCGCUUAUUUGUCUUCGUACAACUUUAGAAACGGAGUGGGGGCCGGGUUGCUCAAUAUCUACCAUUCUCCAUUCUUUAUCCAAGACGCUUUCUGGGUGGUGCUGACCAUGUUCUUCUUCACGUCGCUCGUGUUCCUGGCACUUUGGAUCCUUUCGAACUUUCUCAAGUACCAGGCCGAAGAAGUGCCCGAGCACAUGGACCAGUACUUUGGUCUUGAUCUGCAGGAAUAUGCCAAAGUCUCGCUUAAAACCAAACUGAGAAAGCUCCCGGCCGACGUGAAGGAGCAGGUUGACCAGAUGGCCGCCACGUCGUUUGUGGUGACGUACCGUGAAACCCCGAUCGCGUUCAUUGUGCAGCAAAAGGACGCAGACAAGAACUACAAGAUCACCGGCCUGGCGGUCAGAAAAGUGUACAUCAAGUCCGAGAUCUUGGUGGAUCUACUCGAGUGGGCCAAGUCGCGCGUCGAAAAGGACGCCCGCACCAGCAUCGACGUGUACUCGUUCGAAAGCUUCGACAUCCAGCUUCUGCAGAAAUGCGGGUUUGUUCUCGCGAAAAAGUCGCCGCUGAACUCGUUCUUCCUGGACAAGCUAUUUGGCUACUCCGUCAAUACCUAUGUAUACACUCCGAGCGCUUAA